AUGGCGGAGGAAAUUUUAAUAGACGAUGGAAAAAGUAAAGGGCGUUUAACUUCAUCUCUACUAGCUGUAGCGCUUCUUUCCUCGGUUGGCAGCUCAAUGCUAUAUGGCUAUAACUUGGCGGUAGUCAAUCAUCCUGCUCAGUACAUAAAGGAGUUUUUUAACCUCACAACAGUGGAGCGCUAUGGGACGUCCAUGAGCACAGAGGGCCUCACGGUGCUCUACUCCGUAACCGUGUCCAUCUUCGCCCUUGGGGGACUGGUGGGCUCCUUUACCGUGCGGAUGCUGGUCACCAAAUUCGGGAGGAAAGGGACUCUGGUUAAGAGCACAGCUCUGGUGUUUGCAGGGAGUGGACUGAUGGGCUUCAGCAGAGCGUUUGGUGUUCCUGAGAUGAUCAUCGUGGGCCGCUUUCUCACAGGAGUGCACUCGGGGAUUGCACUAAGUGUGGUGCCCAUGUACUUGGGAGAGAUCGCCCCAAAGAAUCUCCGUGGCUUCCUGGGCCUCGUACCUAGCAUCUUCAUCUGCAUUGGUGUCUUCUUUGCUCAGAUUCUGGGACUCCAGGAGAUCCUGGGCGAGGAACAGCACUGGCCUCUGUUCCUAUCACUAACUGCGGUGCCAGCCUUCAUUCAGCUCAUGCUGCUGCCAUGGUUUCCAGAGAGUCCUCGUUACUUGUUGAUUGAGAAACAUAACAUUCAUGCCACUGUCGCAGCCCUGAAGACGUACCGUGGAAAGGCUAAUAACCAGGAGGAGGUGGAGGAGAUGCAAGAAGAACAGCAUUUCCACUCCUCCGUGCAGACCGUCUCCGUCUGCGAGCUGCUCCGAGACCGAACUGUGAGGUGGCAGGUUCUCUCCGUAGCUGUGGUCAACAUGGGCAUGCAGCUGUCUGGCAUCGAUGCGAUCUGGUUCUAUACAAACUCCAUCUUUGAGAAUGCUGGGAUCCAUGCUUCUCAGGUUCAGUACACAACAGUAGGCACGGGUGCCAUUGAAGUCAUUGCUGGUCUUGUUGGGUGUUUCACUAUUGAAAGAAUAGGUCGAAAGCCUCUGCUGAUUGGUGGCUUCGGCUUUAUGGGAAUAUGCUGUUCAGGCAUCACUUUCUCCCUCAUAUUACAGGCUCGUGUGCCAUUCAUGCACUACAUCAGUGUGGCAUGUGUGGUAGGCAUCAUAGCUGGAUUCUGCAUUGGGCCUGCUGGUGUUCCCUUCCUCGUGACGGGCGAGCUGUUCACGCAGUCUCACCGCCCUGCCGCUUACAUCGUAGGUGGUGCACUCAACUGGUUGUCCAACUUCACAGUGGGCUUCCUCUUCCCAUUCUUGCAGAUGUCAGCAGGAGCAUUCUGUUACCUGGUCUUCUUCGGAGUCUGCAUAGGUGUGGCAGUCUACGUCUACUUCAUCAUCCCGGAGACUAAGAACAAAACAUUCAUGGAGAUCAGCCAGAUGUUUGCCUCCACGAGUGAGCAGGAGGUUGGAGCACUAGGUGUAGGUGCGGGGUUCAGCCUGAAGCAGGUGAAUGGGUAUGGCAGCAUGGAGAAUGGAUGUACACUGAUCACAGAGGAGAGCUACACAUGGAGCAGCGACGAGACUGAAUACAGAGACUGA